AUGAGUAUGCAGAAGUUCUAUGUUGCAAUGGGAGAGAAGCACCCAAAGCAAUGGUUGGAUCUGUACAAGUAUUAUUGUGCACAGAAGGUCUAUCUAUAUAACACUGAGAAGGUUACAUUCAUCACAUCAAAGAAUGGCAAGGAUGUCACUGGUGCAAGACAGUUUAAGUAUCAAUUCUUGGAGCCAUUCAGAUAUUGGAAUAGCGAUGUAGCAUUUGAAGAGAAGAAGAUGAUUAGUGGUACUUCAGGCGUUGAGAUACAGAAGGCUGAUGGUACAACACAUUUCGUAGAGGGUCGUGGCAAGACAGCUGAACAGAUACUGGAAGAGGUGUUGCAGAGAGCUGAAGGCAGAAGGAUCAGUGUCAACAUCCCAUUCUAA